GCAGCACCUUAACAACGACACCAACUCUCUUUCAGCACCGCGUUCUGAUCUGAUCUCUUACCUGGCACCCGAACUCGAUCAUUCCACAGAGUUCCGCUUCGAGAGCCAUGCGACUUCGAUGCAGCAACGCAUAGAAUGAGAGGUAUCCUACCAGGGAGACCCAGGUCCGGGCUCCAAGCUUUGGCGACAGGCUUCUGGGGGUCAAGACAAUAUACUGUAUACAUCACGGGCAACGCCUUUGCCAUCCUCGACGGCCCUGAACAACUUGUCCAAACAGUCUACGACGACGACGAAGCAGCUCUUCUUGCUGUAGCAUUUGACGAAUUUUCGGGGAAAAUAGCAACAUGCACGGGGUCAGCCGUUCGAGUCUACAAGCCUUUGGGACACGCAGAGGGCGCACUCAAGUGGGGACUGCAGUCGUCGUUCCUAAUCCAAACAAGCGAAACAGAUCCUUGUCUAUCAUGGGGAGCUUCAGAAGAGCUCCUUGUCGCCGCAUCGACCCUUCGUCUAUACCUUACAACCUCAGCAGCCCCGUCGUGUUUCUGGGAGAAGGCACUACCAAAUGACGCAAAGUCUGCACAGCUUUCUUUCGACUCCGCCUACAUCGCCGUCAUUGGAUCUCACGAUACAAUCGUUAAGGUUUGGCGAAGGCUUACCUAUGGUGCAGAUGAGGUCUGUUUCGACCUUGCGUGUCUACCUCAUCCCGACGUGGUGACGAAUAUCCGGUGGCGCAAACCAUAUCAUACAGAACAAACAAUCGACAACAUUCUGUACACCACAUGUAUUGAUUUCGUUCUUCGAAUCUGGACAGGGUACGAUUCUCACUCGAACCAGCAACUCCAUCUGUGGGCACAGGUGGACCUUGCCUGGUCUGUAGAGGGUCAAGCCUUAAGGUCAGCGUCCAAGCUCUCCUCGGCCCCGGUGCUGUUUAUCCUUGAUGGGAGAGAAGUUGCCGCUGCUGCCGAAAAGGCGGUUCAGGGGCACCCGUCGGGUGAGCAACUGCCAGAGGCGGCCGUGCAGCGUCUGAUCGGGGUGGCGAAUAGGAACCCAGAACUUUGCUUUGUUCUCGGCGAUGGUGAUACCAUGUCCGCCUUGGCUUUAGAGAAUGUUGGCUCCAGAUCACAGAAGCUCAAAGUAACCAGCGUCGCGCACAUCAACUCACAGGACUUUACCCCACGGCAGGACUUUCCUUCUAUAACGCACGAUCUUCAUGUUGAAGUCCAGGCAUACUGCGCUCGCGACACGGGUCGUCUCCGAAUCUUAGUCCAUGAGUUUAAUGGCAGGAUUCGCAUUUUCGAGACUGACCUGGUGGAUUUAAUCGACCCUGAUCUUGCUUGUCAUCAAUUUGAUAAUCGAUGUACUUGGUCCGGCCAUUCGUCACCGAUCGAGAAAAUAGUUCGCAAUUACAGCGGGCGAUCAGUCGUAUCAAGGACAGCUGAUGGAGAGAGCGUUGUCUGGACACAUUCUGGGGGCAGAGCGACCUCUGGACUAUCCCGGCAAAGCGUCGUACCGGAGGCGGGUCAUAUACACCGCAUAUGUGUCCUUCGGAAAGGUCGAUUUGUUGUGUUCCUGAAGCAUGAGACAAUUUCCGUAUGGGACUGUCGCCGUCAAAAGGCGAUUGCAAUGUGCCACCAGCCGUAUGAGCUCUCUGGAAAGCCUCUGUGCCUCCUGAAAUUACCAAGACACCAUCGAGACGACUAUAGAACCGUCCAUAUUGCCACAAUCACUUCAGAGCAGAAGGGCAUUGUGUGGCAACUCGACUUGCCACCAUACAUGGCGCCAGAUGCAGCGUCUCAGGAGGGCUCGCGUGAAGCGACUCUCAUGGAGUUCUGCAGAUUUGAGCUGCGAAAUAUUGAGGGGCUUGCUUACGUAUUGCCUGUUGAUCCCGCAGGGUCUUCCCCGAUUACGACUGGUUUCUUGGAUGUGUUUGCCAAGGACGUUGCCAUUUCCUACACUCAGUCAGGUCGUGUUGACUUUUGGACAGCACGUAUUGACGACGCUGACAAGCGCGUAGAGUGGCUGUCAACCUGUUGUUCGGAGACUGGUCUUGCAAACCCAGCGCUCGUGAGCGGUAGCACGCUCAAAAAGGCAGCCCUUGUUGAUUCUUCGCGAUCGCAAUUAUCCAUCUGGGAUAUUGGUGGUGCCCGCCUUGAAUUUUCCCAAGACUACGAGGCCCACCACACGAUCAGAGAUCUCGACUGGACCUCAACCCCAGAUUCGCAGUCUAUUCUGGCUGUUGGCUUCCAACACCGGGUUGUCUUGUUAUCGCAAAUGCGUUUUGACUACCUCAAUAAAGGCCCUGCCUGGGCUCCGAUCAGAGAAAUUAGCAUACGCGAGCUAACUCCUCAUCCAAUCGGUGACUCUGCUUGGCUUGGGGACGGCCAUCUCGUUGUCGGUGCGGGUAAUCAGAUGCUGAUUUAUGGGAGAAGCUUUGGUCUCGCCGAUUCCAAGGUCAGUACCUUGAGGCUGCCGCAGAAAAAAGAUGGUGUCUGGGACCUGUUUGAGGCUGUACAAAGACUCAACGGGCCAUUGCCGAUAUUUCAUCCCCAGUUUCUGAGCCAAUGUAUAUUGGCGGGAAAGACUACCUUGGUACACCAGAUCCUUCUCGCGCUACACCAAACAUUCAAGUAUCACAUUCCAGGCGAGCAUAUUGACGACUAUCUCGGCAUGAAACUUGAUAUGUUUUACAUGGACACGGUUUUGUCGGGAAAAGUGGCCAAGCAGCAAUCCGAUUCCUAUUUAAAACGCGGUGCCUCGGAUGAUCCAAUGCAAGAAACCUUCACGGAGGAUGUUGCUGCGGCUAUUAAUGAGCGACUGACCAAGGUCGGUCUCCCACAGUUGUCAGGACAAGAGCAAAUGCAACUAGCCGACAUCAUUGAUUGUGUAGGCUUGGUCGACAAACACCGUCGCUCAUUAGACGAGGAUGGCGCUAGGUUCAUGCUCUUCCUUCGCCAACACGCCUUGCGCAAAGGGCGUAUUAGCGAGGUCAAUAUUUCUUGGCGGGAGAUCGUGUGGGCAUUUCAUUCUGGCAGCCAGGACAUUCUGGUGGAUUUUGUGAUACGACAGUAUCAUGGGUCGCUUCUUUGGGAAAGUGCCAGGGAAAGUGGCAUAUUCAUGUGGCUGACUGACACUAAUGCUAUGAGGACCCAGUUCGAGAUCAUCGCUCGGAAUGAGUAUACCAAGAGCGAGAUGAAAAACCCAAUUGACUGCAGUCUCUACUAUUUAGCUUUGAAGAAGAAAACUGUGCUUCAAGGGCUUUGGCGCAUGGCAAGCUGGAACAAGGAGCAAGGCGCUACACAACGCCUGCUGGCCAAUAACUUCGAAGACCCGAAAUGGCGAACGACAGCACUUAAGAAUGCAUACGCAUUGUUGAGCAAGCGCAGAUUUGAAUAUGCAGCGGCAUUCUUUCUAUUGGCGGACCAUCUAACAGACGCUGUCAAUGUUUGUCUGCACCAGCUCAAGGACUUGCAACUUGCUAUUGCCAUCGCCCGAGUGUACGAGGGUGACAACGGUCCAGUCCUUCGGAAACUCCUCGAGGACGAAGUCCUCAAUGUCGCAGCUCGCGAGGGGAAUCGCUGGCUUGCCUCGUGGGCGUUUUGGAUGCUCGGUCGCAAAGAUAUGGCCGUCAGGUCGCUGAUUACGCCCGUAUACACUCUUCUAGAGACCCCAGUCGUACCCGACUUGAGGUCUAAGUUGUUCCUGACCGAUGACCCAGCCUUGGUAGUGCUCUACUCGCAGCUUCGACAGAAGACCUUGCAGACCCUUCGAGGAGCAUCCAAAGUAACCCCUCGGAUUGAAUGGGAGUUUGUUCUUCACAGUGCCAAGCUGUUUGAUCGGAUGGGCUGCGAUCUUCUUGGUCUGGAUCUUGUCCGUAAUUGGGAGUUCCCUCAGCCGGCAGCAACGACAGGAUCCUUGCUUGGAGGCGAGGCCAACCCGCUGAAACUUCUGAGGAGGCGAAGUUCUCUCGUGGUGGAUGACAUGCCUUUUUCAAGCUUGCGCAACGAGGUACGAAUGGCCGAAUCUGGAAAGGGACAGUCGGGAAGACAUCAACCUCCACCCACAAUGUUUGAAGAACCAGACUCGAGCUCGCUGCUGGACAGCUUCGGGUUCUAGGCGUCAGCGGUGGGUUAACGAUGUCUGGGGUGAGAACAUUUAAUGAUCAGAAUGCUCAGGGAGGGUAGUUGGGGAAACAGCAUGAAAACGAUAAAUUUUGAU